AUGAAGUUCCUCACCACCCUCACCCUCACCCUCCCCUCCCUCGUCGUCUCCUCCGCCAUCAACGGCCUCCCCGACGCCAGCACCGGUGCCAUCCCCGCCACGUCUCUAGACAGACGCGCCGGUAGCUGCCUCUGCCACGGCGCCACCGCCGCCGCCGAAGGCGCCGAUUUUCUCUGCGGCGACAAGCGCCUCGGCCCCAAGCAGCUCCCUACCAAGCUGCCCCUCGGCAGCUUCGUCGCCAGCUACAACCGCCUUGGCAGCGACGACAUCACCGUCGACCAGUUCCUCGCCGCCUGGACCGGGCCCGACGGCCGCUACCGGUACCCCCCGCAGAAUGGCUUCACGCUCGACGUCCACGGCAAUGCCAUCAACGGGACCUUGACGCUGGGAGUUGGCACUCUGAUUGACCGUUUUGGUAGUGAAUAUGGUUCAUACGUUUCCGCCGCGAGCGCUCCCUUUUCGCAGCGUUCCCUGCCCCCGUCCAGCCUCGACGCGGACCCCAAGAAUCCCGACUUCCCGUACGGAUACCACCUGUACAAGGUCGUCCGCCCGUUUGCCGUCGUCGGCGGGCCGAUUGCCCCGUGGUUUGGCCAGCCCGGCCUAGGCGCGCAGUUUUACACUGGCGAUCUGGGCAACAUCAUGAAGUUGAUUGAAGGCGGCUACAUUGAGCGCCAGGACCCGAGCAUCCUGGUGACGCAGUCCCAGGGCGCCUGCACACAGUCUGGGUAG